AUGAAGGCGCUCUCACUCCAGGUGAUCUGGACAACCAUGGGCGCGGCAUCAAAGCUCCGGUUAGCCGGCCCCAUUGCUCAGCUGCCUAAGUAUUUUAGCGGACCAUGCAACAACCCGGAUCAGGCGCGUCCGGUCGAGUCCGCUGAGGCAUGCAAGACUCUCCUCCAAGCGCCCAACGAACCGCAGAUUUCGUUGCAUCUUCCGGUCGAGUGCAGGCGUGGGGAACGCAUCUAA